ACUCCAUAGCUUUCUAUAAUUUCAAGAUGAUUUUUUUGUUGAGUUUUUUCAUUGUGGGAAUACUAAGUAGCAAUGGCGGUGUUGGUCAGUCAACAGGAAGUACGGGUCCAACAUCUUCAUCAGGUGAUGGUUCCUCUUCGUCUUCGUCUUCCUCUUCGUCGACUAGUACUACUGGUGUUACUAGUAGUACUACUACUACUGCUGCACCGUCAACCCCUCCUAAAACUGAUCCUCCUACAACACUAAAACCUGACACUACUACCCAAGAUCCUAACAUCAAGCUGGAUGCAGACGCAACGGAUAAACUGCUAAAUAUACUGAGUUCCAGUGAGGGUAAAAUCGAUGGAAACAGUGAGUAUGCCGAAUGGAUUAGUAAUGUCCGUGCAGCCAGUAAAUGGGGAAAGGAUCGAGUGUAUGACAAGAUUGCCACUGCCAUUCGGUUUGAGGCCUACAUGGACCGUCGUAAGGAGCUGGAACACGAUAUCCACGAACGCCUAGAUGAGCUUGAUUUGCUUAUACCAGAUCAGGAGCGGGAUAGCAGAUGCUCAAAGUUCUAUCAGCAUCAAAAGAGACGUCUCAAAAAAGCUCUAAGCCUCAGCAAUGAACAAAAAAAAACAAAGCUGAAGGAAAACUCCAUAAAAUGUCGGGAUAGGGAUGACAAUGAUGAUGAAUAUUACGAUUAUCAAUCUGAUUCGAUUGAAGACUACUACUACGAUGAAGACUACUACCAGUGACCAAGUGGUAUAUUGGCCAGAGAAAGUUCUCUGAAAUUAAGAA